AUGGACGCCCUCGCGGCCGCCAGCCGCUCGAGCGCCCACGGCGCCCUGCCGCCGGCGCUGCUCGCCGCCCUGUCCGCGCCCGGCGGUGCCGGCGCCGAGGCGCUCGAGGCGCUCGACGCCUUCGUGCACGAGCUCUUCGUGCUGCGUCUGGGCGCCGACUUUUUCAUCCAGGGCGUCGUGGCGCUUGCGCUCAUUGGCGGCCUUAUUCUUGGCGGCUCAUCCGUCAUUCUCUACCGCAUCUACCGCCAGAAGUUCUGGCUGUGGAAGGUGACGCGCCGCAGCGAGGGCAUCUACAUCAUCCCCAACAGCCUCAACUGCUUCCUCAUCUUCGAGGGCGCCUUUGGCAUUCUCUGGAUUGCGUUCAGCGUCGUGCAGUACAUCGCGUAUGGCCGGCGGUCCGAUGAGGCACAGGGACACCUUGCGGUGUUCAACACUGUCGUCUGGCUGCCGCUGUGGAUCGGCGCCUCGCUCGCCGGCUGGGGCUCGUUCUACACAGCUCCCGGCGCGCUGGACCGCGGACCACUGAGCAGCUCCAAGGUGGGGCGCUUCCUGCCGCGUCCGCUCAUCGUCAACCUCGUCUGUCUCGGCACGCCCUUCCUGCUCGCCGCCUCCGUGGCUGCGCCCAUGGCGCUGGCACAGCGCAGCCUCAACUCGAGCUUCGCCGCCUACCGCGCCUUUGCAGCGGACGUGCAGAGCGCCGUCGCCCAGGCGCCGCUGCCCUCGGACGCCGUCUCCGCCCUCGUGCGCCAAGCAAGCGGCGUGUGGGAGCAGCAGGUGCACGCCAUCGACCUGCAGGGCAUCACCUUUACCGUGUGGAGCGUCUGGGCGGGCCUCUUUCUCGUCUUCUACAUUCCCGCAGGCGGCUACCUGCUCUAUCUCGUCUGGCAGCAGAUGCAACGCCAGGGGCGCAUCGUGCGCGAGAUGGAGGAGCGGCAGAAGGACGCGCUGCCCGCGGAGAAGCCCGCUGCUGCGGGUGCAGCCAAUGCGCUGCAGAGGCCCGACAGCAUCACUGUUCUCAGCCCGUCUGGCGACUCGCUGCUCUUUCAGCCGCUCAAUGCUGCGCCGAACGUCGUUGCACCGGCAUCACGACGCGGCAGCACGCCAAGCCAGCACACCGGCUCUCCGCCAGUGACGCCUCGCACGCUCGUCAAUCCCGACACCAUUGAGAAGGGCUCGCUCAAGUGCAGCUCCGGCAAGCAGGACAGCGACUUCUUCUUCCCUCCUCUGCGGCCUGAUCUGCGUAAGCGAGCGACGCAGCGUGUCACCCAAGCGGGCACGCCUACAGCUCGCUACCGCUACCUGCGACGCUGCUUCAUCAACCUGCUGCUGCUCUACGUCUCCAUCACGCUCGGCGCAUUGGCGUAUCUCAUCAUUGCCUCUGUUCUAGGCGGACGACUCUCCGAUUGCAUCCGCAGUGGUCCAGACGCCAUGACGCGCCUAGUGUACGGCGCCAGCUGUGCCGCUUCCUGGGUGGCCGUCGUGUUCGGCACGCUCUCCUUUGCCUCGAUCUUCUCGCGCUUCUUCGAUCCCUCGCACGAGGAUGCCCAACGCACGCGCACGCCCUUUGCGGCGGCGGCGCGCUCGGGCAAGACGAACUCGGACAUGCUGAGUCCGCACGAACGCACACGGCCGCUGCCGGCCGUGCCCGAGAGCGUGGGCGCCACGAUGGACGCCGGCAUGCUCAGCAUGGGCGGCGGAGAGGAGCGCUCGACGAGCGACGUGCUCGACGGCAUCAAGUUUCAGCUGCGGCCCGAUGCGCAGGCGCCAGGCACACUGCUCAUGCGUCCCGUGGAUGGCGGCGCGGGUGGAAGCGCCGACGUGUCGCCGGAGUCGACACAGCUCGGCGUGGCACACGUCUUCCGACGAGGCGGACGACGCCAACGACGUCUGCAGGCGGAGCGAGCAGCGGCGCUCGAUGCGGCGGGCACGACGAGCUUCCCGGAGGAAGUGUCGCAGACCGACUCGCAGCGCUCCUUCAAGGCCGGCAGGACGGUGUACUACCCGACGCCGUACGGACACAUGCCGGCGCCCGCACGAGGCGAAGUGAUGCCGCUGCCGCCAGAGCGAUCGCCGCCGCCGACGGCCGCGGGUUCUGCUGCUCCACGCAGCGACGACGUGCAGCCCAUCGAGGAGCUCCGGGAGUACGAGCUGCCCUCGCCGCCGCCGGCCGUGCGUGGCUGGGUGCACGAGUGGGGCUCUGCUUCUUCCUCUGCGGCAGGCGCACGACGAGCCAGUGUGGCGCAUCACGCUCCUCCUCGCUCACCACCGCCAGCGCUCGCCGCAUAUCGCCGCCGCCCCAGCGCGCCGCUCCUCUGCGGCGCCGAGAUGGGCUCCUCCAUCCCUGCGGCCGCGGCGCGGCGCAGCAGUCUGCCGCAGCGCAGUCCGCCGCCCGGCGGCAGCCUGCCGCUGGUGCCCGGCGCCGUGCUGCCUCCCGCCGCCGAGGCGGUCGAGGAGGCGCCGCGAGGUACCCCGCCGGCGCCGCUGCUGCUCGACGGCUCGCGCCGCGUCGAGGCGGCGCGGCUGUCGCCGGGCAUCUUCUUCUGA